AAAAAAGAAUUGAUCAGCAGCAGUUCAUGACGCUGUAAUUUUCAAUCAGGAACACUAAACGCAUGCAAGAUGGUCUCAUUAAAUCAUAUGAGACAAAACAAUAUAAGAAAGGGUUAAAAGCUGCCGAGGCUAUACUUAAGAAGUUUCCUAAUCAUGGAGAAACUCUUGCGAUGAAAGGGUUGACAUUAAAUUGUAUGGGCCGCAAAUCAGAAGCAUAUGACCUUGUUCGGAUAGGAUUGAAGAAUGAUCUUAAGAGUCAUGUUUGCUGGCACGUUUAUGGUCUUCUAUACAGGUCAGACAGAGAAUACAGGGAAGCAAUAAAGUGCUAUAGAAAUGCACUUAGAAUUGACCCUGACAACAUUGAGAUAUUACGGGACUUGUCUCUGUUACAGGCACAAAUGCGUGACUUGACCGGUUUUGUUGAAACAAGACUACAACUGCUGACAUUGAAGCCAAAUCACCGCAUGAAUUGGAUUGGCUUUGCUGUAGCACAACAUUUAAAUUCAAAUGCAUCAAAAGCUGUUGAUAUCCUUGAGGCGUAUGAAGGGACUCUAGAGGAUGAUUACCCUCCAGAAAAUGAAUGCCGUGAGCAUGGGGAGAUGCUUUUAUAUAAGGGGAAGGGGGGAGUAGGUUUCAUUAAACACAAUAUGGCAUUUGCAUUUGAGAUUGUUAAGUAUAUGUCUAAUAGUGGUUUUGCUGUUAGAUACUAUGAGGGGUUACAAAGGUGUCUUGGACUUUACUCUGAAGAUGCCAAAUAUUCUUCUGAUGAAAUUGAUCGUUUAGCAGCUCUUUAUGAAUCCCUUGCACAACAGUAUCAUAGAUCAUCUGCAGUAAAGGGAGUUCCUUCAUUGUUUUCUGAUCUCUCCCCUCUUUAUGAUCACCCAGAAAAGGCAGAGAUUCUAGAACAACUUGUUCUGAAGUUGGAGCACUCGGUCAGGACAAAUGGUUCUUAUCCUGGGAGUGAGGAUAAAGAACCCCCUUCAACACUUAUGUGGACUUUAUUUUAUCUGGCUCAGCAUUAUGAUAGACGCGGUGAGUAUGAUGCCGCUCUGUCAAAGAUUGAUGAGGCCAUUGAACACACUCCAACUGUAAUUGAUUUAUACUUGGUCAAGAGCCGCAUAUUAAAGCAUGCUGGUGACAUUCCAGCAGCAGCUGCAUUGGCUGAUGAAGCUAGGUGUAUGGAUCUUGCAGAUCGUUAUCUUAAUAGUGAAUGUGUGAAGCGUAUGUUGCAGGCUGAUCAGGUUGCUUUCGCUGAAAAGACAGCAGUAUUGUUCACAAAAGAUGGGGAUCAGCAUAAUAAUCUUUAUGAUAUGCAGUGCAUGUGGUAUGAAAUAGCAUCUGGGGAAAGCUAUCUGCGGCAAGGGGAUCUUGGGCGAGCUUUGAAGAAAUUCUUAGCUGUGGAAAAACAUUAUUCUGAUAUCACUGAGGACCAAUUUGAUUUCCAUUCAUAUUGCUUAAGAAAAAUGACACUUAGAACAUAUGUGGAAAUGCUGAAGCUUCAAGACAGGCUCCAUUCAUAUGCUUAUUUUCGUAAAGCCGCUGCAGGUGCCAUAAGAUGCUACUUGAGGCUGUAUGAUUCUCCUUCAAAGUCAGCAUAUGAAGAGGAUAAUGAAAUGUCAAAGCUCCCAUCAGCUCAGAAAAAAAAAUUAAGACAAAAACAAAGGAAAGCCGAAGCCCGAGCUAAGAAAGAGGCAGAGGUGAAAAGCGAGGAAUCUUGUGCAUCAGGUGUAUCUAAGUUAGGAAAACGUCAGGUGAAAGCAGUUGAUCCUGAUCCAAAUGGAGACCAAUUGUUGCAGGUUGAGGAUCCUCUGGUGGAAGCAACAAAGUACUUGAAGCUUCUGCAAAAACAUUCUCCCGAUUCGUUGGAAACACAUUUGCUUUCAUAUGAAGUAAACAUAAGGAAACAGAAAAUUUUGCUUGCUUUGCAGGCUGUAAAACAUCUAGUACGGUUGGAUGCUGAUAGUCCUGAUUCACAUCGUUGCCUGAUAAAAUUCUUCCAUAAGGCAGGGUCUUUGUCAAUUCCAGUUACUGAUGCUGAGAAACUUGUAUGUGAGGUCUUGGAAGCAGAGCGACUAACCUUUAGCCAGCUGCAAGGGAAGACUCUAAUUGAUGCAAACAGAACAUUCCUUGAAAAACAUAAAGAUUCAUUGAUUCAUAGGACUGCUGUAGCAGAGUCGCUGCAUGUUCUUGAGCCAAACAAGAAGGCAGAUGCAGUUAAAUUAAUUGAAGAUUCUGCAAUGGGCCCAAUUUCAAUGUCAUCAAGAAGCUGGAUGCUCAAGGACUGCAUUGCUGUGCACAAAUGUCUAGAUACAAAUUUGGAUGAUCGUGAUGCGGCAUUGAGAUGGAAGGAACGUUGUGCCGAGUACUUCCCAUAUUCUACCUACUUUGGAGGGUCUCGCAGCUCAGUUACUACUGGACAUCUUACACGACAAACUCCAGAAAAUGGGGCAGCUGCCCUAAAUGCUGACCUAAAAGCGGGGCACCUUCCUUCAAAUGGAAUAUUACAGAAUCUUGAUGGUCUCAAGGAUCUUGUCAUCUAAUUUAAUCACAUACGUCUCGACCUCUGAGAUAACUCGUGGGACAAAGCGAGGAGGAGCACAAGGCUGAAGGUAUAAGAAAAAGACCUGAAUCUA